AUGUACAUACAGACAGACCUUCACCCGACACCAGAUAAGACGCCAAGAAAGCCAAGCAAUAAUAAUGGCGAAAGACGGAUACAGGUUGGCUGUGUCAGUACCGUGCAUGUACGGAGUGUCUUGACAGGCAACUUACGGUAUCUAUCUAUCUAUCUAUCUAUCUAUCUAUCUAUCUAUCUAUCUAUCUAUCUAUCUAUCUAUCUAUCUCACUUUGCUCAUAUCAUUGUAUAUCUAGCACGACAACAAGGAAUCAGUCAAGGUGAAGACCAGAAUGUUGAUUUUCGCGAUGCUGAUCAUUAUUUGGAUACUGUCGCUAAACAAACGGCAUCAUUUCGAGCAUCCCAAGUGAAAAACAAAGAUACGAACUUGUCGUCAUUACACUCCUUGUCGACAUCGGCACCACCGCCGCAACAACAGUUUAAAACAAUAAACAGACUCGCCAGCUUCAAUUCACUUAUUGUCUCAACCACUCGAAACUCACUCGCGUCCAUAUCCCAGGGUCCCUUCGGGCUAAACCAAGCAGCAGAUCGGAAUACCCCCACCCCAAACUCCGAAACCGUCUAUCGAGAGUAG